ACAGUGAAGAUAUUCGGAAAUGAUGAGUGUGGAACCUUGGCCGUUACCCGAUACGUUGGGUAAUGGGAGGUAUAUGAAUUCGCACAGAAUGAACAUUCAGUCAAACAGCCGUAAUGUAAGUAUGUCGGAAUCGCGAGACGACAGAGACGAAGAUAAGAACACUAUACACAGUGGUCAGUUUAUGCUAAGUCGUGUCCACGAUCAUGACCCUUCGCCAUCUCUUGGGGACGAUGACGGGCCUAGGAUUCAUCGUUCAAAGGACGAGAGUUAUGAUUUUCGCAAGGCAUGCAAAGAAACGGCAAAGAGUUAUACGUUUACGUCAGGAAGGAGCACAAAGACCAUCGAUAUAGACGAAUCGCUCUCUACGUUGUUUGAUUGCAUGAGUCUAGCUUACAGUGGGAAACUGACCUCGCCCAAAUGGAAACAGUUUCGUGGCCUGCAGCUGACAAUUAAAGACAAGAUUCGACUAAACAACCUGAUAUGGCGUGAAUGGUCCAUGCAAUAUGUCCAUGGAAGGAAUUCAGUUGUGUGCCAGUUUGCUGCAUCUGUUUCAGAUGACAUCCAUACUAAGCCAGAGUCAAUAGUCUUAGAAGGGAAGUACUGGAAACGAAGAUUAGACACCGUCACAUUUGAGUACAAGAAAUGGCGUCGAUAUCACUGCAAUCAACAAAGAAACAUCAGAAGGAGAAACACCAGUAUGUCAAAUUUGUCGAACAAAGUUGGCAGUGUGACCAUGUCAACAGCUUCCCAAUCACAGUCAGCCACAGACGUAUAUUUAAAUAGUACAGACUUUAUGGACAUGGAUCUGGAGGAUGAGCUCUUUAAUCAACUUAAUCAUUCAAACUUUACUUUCCCAAAUCCUAAAGAAUUCAGUUCAUAUGGUAUAUCCAAUCUGCUGCAGCCUGGUCUAAUCCCUCUUCAACCAAACUUUGAAGACACCGAUGCUCUCAUGGAUUUCGAAGAUCUCUUACAACAAACUAACAAGCCUGGGAAUUCUGUUGUACAAUUCACAGGAAGCACCUCAUCCAGCUCACAGAAAGUUUACCCUGCAGAUGACUUUGACAUAGGCACAGGAUCUUCAUCUAUGUCAUUGCGUGCUCUGCUGCAGCCAACUGUACCUUCUCCUCCACCCCAAAAAGUGGCGACUCAGCGUCCUCUUAUUCAGAGCCCACCUGCUCCUCAGCUGCUCCCGUCUAUCUCUUCUCCUGUCCAGUCACCCCCUCAGCCUGACCAAUCUACAGCACUUGCUGGAGGUAACACUGGAGGUAACAAUGCUAUGGUGGACCUGAUCAAUCUUCUACGCAUGGCACAACAGUCACCAGAAAACAAUAGUCAGCUUGUUUCAUUGCUGGCAACCCAGCUUUUAGAGACACAGGCCUCUUCAAAUCAGGCAAAUGAAGCAGCCCUGCAGAUGCAACAGUUUCAACAACAACAGCAAAUUGUACAACAACAACAACAGCAACAACAACAACAACAGCAACAGCAACAACAGCUGAUACAGUUGUUACAGCAACCUCAACAGAUUCAAAUGCAACAAACUGCUCCACAACAACAAACGUUUUCAUUGCAAAAUAAUCAACAACAAGUUCUCCAACAACAACACUUCACAGUACAACAGCAACAGCUACAACAACCAACAAGGCUACAGCAGCCAGUGGAAGUGAAACAACCGACAUUAAGUGCUAACAAAGCAGUCAAACCUGAUGGACAAUCAAAUCAAAGUACAAGUCCAUUGCAGGCUGCUCUCUUGUCUGGACUGAAGUCAAAGGUUACAUCACGUGUGGCUAGCAAAUCUGCUGCCACAGCAACUGCUACAGCAUCAUCACAGGCUACAGUAAAUAAGAUGAACAAAUCUGCCAUUGCGAAGUCUGGUGGAGAGUUUGUAGUACCAAAGACAAAAGUUAUGCGAGUGAAGGCGCGACAAGGACAAACUCCGUUACUGCCUAAAACUUCCUCCUCUACACCUGUUAGUAGCACUUUAACACCCUCCCAGCAGAAUACUUACCUGGCUCAACUUCUCACUAAAGGUACGUACCCAGGAGCAGUGAUUAAAGUGGAAAAGGAUGCCGCAAUAUCUAGUCCCACCCCCUCAAGUUUGUCCAUGCCAGGUCUGUCACUACAAGCACCUAGCCGUCCUCAGGAGUCACUGUCACAGUGUACCCCCUCCCAAACUGUAACAAUCAGUCUGCAGGAGCCAUCUGACUUAAGCAGUAGGAACAAUCUGUUUGGGACAACAGCCUCCACUCUCACUGGUAGAUCUACUGAUGACAUCUUCUUAGACUGUACAACCGGCUCCAGUUUAAAGUCCAAUACAACAUCUAUGGUGGCGGACAGCUCCUCGAUCCUUGACACAAGCAACCUUGAAAUGGGAAGUCCACUCUCUGACACAGAGGAUAAUGAUUCCCCUAGAGGGCGCCACAGUAGUGGAGAUGGGGGAGGUACUCGACGUGUGUCUCACACCUCUGCAGAGCAGAAACGUAGAUGUAACAUAAAGAAUGGAUUUGAUGUUCUACAUUCUCUGAUACCAGCGUUAAGUCAAAAUCCAAAUGCGAAAGUCAGCAAAGCAGCCAUGUUACAGAAAACUGCUGAUUACUGUAAGAAAUUGAAGUCAGAACGAGCUCAGAUGCAGAAGGAGGCAGAAAUUCUUAAACAAGAAAUUGAAUCUCUCAACCAGUCUAUCAGUCAAUGCCAGUCACAGUUACCAGCCACUGGUGUUCCUGUGACAAGACAGCGAGCUGACCAGAUGAAGGAGAUGUUUGAUGAAUAUGUCAGGACGCGUACUCUGGAGAACUGGAAGUUCUGGAUUUUUUCAAUUAUGGUGAAACCACUGUUUGAGGCCUACAAUAACAUGGUAUCUACAGGUAGUGUGGAUGAGAUGUGUAGGACCACGAUGGCUUGGCUUGAUCAGCACUGCUCACUUGUGUCCCUCCGACCCACUGUUUUAAAUGCCUUACGUCAACUCAGUACGUCAACUAACAUACUGACUGAUCCAGCCCGCCUUCCAGAACAAGCCACAGAGGCAGUCAUUAAGGGGCAAAAGUCAUCCAAAUCCUGAGUCAUGGCUUACAUCUCAACGGCUCAAAGUCUGUGAUAAUAUAUCACACUCGUCGUCCGAGUCCAGAGUCCACAACCAUCUAUGGAAUUUGCUCAAUUAAUAAGGCAAAAUUUCGGAAGUUCAGUCCGAUAGCUUUUGUGUGUCGAAAAAAUUGAUUUGCAAGUUAUAUGUCAAAAUAUCUGACUCAUCUGUUUGUCAAAAUGAUGAACUUUGUAGCUAAGCAUUUCAAGUUUAACUUUAUAUUUGGAUUGGCACAUUUGAGGAAUCCAUAUGGGAAGCCUGGUCAGGGACAGAUUGCCAUCGUUGGCUGUCACAUGUAGGCAGUGCAUGAUGGAACAAGUGGAUAAAAUCUGUACACAACCAUUAUUGACAAAGUGAUCCUUCCUUUCAGCAAUCAUCUAGAACAGCUUGAGGGCAGAUUUUUAGGAUGAAAAUGGCCAAGUUCAUUGUUACAUAGUGUUUCAUUUGCUUUGCAAUUUACAGAACUUGGUAGGUAUGAAUUUAUAGCUGGAAAUAGAGUUCUCAUAAGCUGGGGAUUAAGAUUGAAACAGAAAGUGGAAUAAAAUGGAUACAGAAGGUGUUGUAAGAUUUUUAACUCAGUUGAAAUAAUAGAUCAGUGUUUAAUGAUGAUGUUGAUUAUCAGUGGACAUGCAGACAGGUAAUUCAGGUCAUCAACUUUGACCUCGAUCCUAAAAUAACGCUAGCCAAAUAGAUUUGGUACAGACAUUCUGUGUGUUUCUGACUGGUUGACAGAGUAAAAUCUAAAUUAUUUGUUUUCCUGAGAUAUUUUCACUGAGCAAGUAAUAUAUUUACUAAGAUGUUAAGACGGCAAGUACAUACAUGUUAACAAAAAUUUUGACAAAGGAAUUGGAAUGGAUAUUGAAAAGUGAUUAAUCUCCUAGAAGUAUUUUUUGUCUGCUGUAAAUUAUGUUUCAAAUAUAAAAUUGUUUACACUUUGUGUGUUUAAUAUACUCUUUACUUAUCAUAAUUUUUGUCUGUGAAAUACUACAUCAUCCAUUUUUAAAAUGGUUUUAUUUCAUUUUGAUAAUAAUGUGUUUAUGUCACAAAUUACGUCAUACAAUUAUUGUGUCUGUGAAUUGCUCAUUAUUUGAAGUACAAACAUGGUGUAUCAUUCUUCAUUCAGAAACUGGCAUGUCUUCAGUAUCUACAUACCAAAAACUCAUAAUACAUACAUGCAUACAAGAAAUUGGUUUCAGAAAAUUCAAAAAGUUUCUAUGAGGAAAUUUAGCUGGUUUUUUUGGGAGGAGAGGAUAUUGUGGCUGGUGAGAAUAUUUCACUGUACACGCAGUCACUGAUUGGCAACAUACUUUAAGAAAGUUUUGGUUGACCAAUAUGAGGGAAAUCAGGCCUUGAGUUAUAUACCAUGGCUUUUCAGAAAAAUACUAAACAGUUGGUACUGUUUGCAGCAGGUUUUUUUUGCUAUAUUCCUUGCCAUUGAAGAUAGUGUAAAAUUUAAUACUUAGAUUGUGAAAUAUAAUUUCUUUGAAUAGAUAUAUGUCCAUGACUAUGUGUUUACCUUUUCACAGCCGAAAUAUAAUUUUAGACUAUAAAACACAAAUGUAAUCUCUGUUAUUUAAUUUGAGAAACUCAACUAACCCAUCAGCUUUCAUUUUAAAACGUUGGACAGUGCUUAAGUGAAAUGCUUUCUCUAAAACAGCGGAUUCUCUUUAUGAACGACCAUGAUAAAGCGGUAUUGUAUGAAAUUUAAACUUUUGAACUAGUACAGACUGGAAGAAUGAGGAAGUUUUAGCUCUGUGAAAUUCAAUAAAUAUGCAGUAUCAAAAUGUCCAUAUCUACAAUACCAACAUCUGUCACGCAAUUACAAAGGCAAUAUUACUAUUCAAGAAUACCAUUGUUUUAAUAUGAUGCCCUUUGUUUCGUACCAAGCAAUAUAUUUCUUUUAUAUUAACUAUUUAUUAUCAUCUAAACAAAAGGUUCAGUCCCAAUGUAAUAUUCAUCGCGAUAUUUGAUCGUCAUUUCGGGGAAUUUUUAAAAAUGUUAGUAGAACAGAGUUUUCUUAUAAAUAUUAAAGGAUUUAAAUACAAUUUAGUGACAUAAAAUGUAAAGGCUCGAAAGUUAUUGUCAGUAAAGGAAAUCUAUAUUUGUUAACAUUCUUUCUUCUGAUAUUCAUUGAACAUAAAUUCACAAUUUAUAUUGUAAAUCAAAAGUUACAAAAAUUUCAUAUACCAACAAUAAACAGCAAAAUGGUAGUGGGUUAUGCAUGAAAUCAUUGACGUUGGGAGUCAGCCUUUAGCUGAAAUUCUUAUCUAUAUCAUUCACAAUAUGAGGGAGGAAAAAAAAUAUAUCAGGAGUCACUUAUAUUAUAAAACAUUCCAGUUUUUGUCCAAGUCUAACUCCUAGUAAAUCAUAAAACAUAAAGAUUAAGAAAAAGCUGAAUUGCAGAGCUGAGCGUUGCUUUCCUGUUCUAUCUGGAUUUCCUUCUUUAUUACCUUUUAUUCUUAAGUAAAAUUAAACUUACUGUUAUGGAAAUAAACCUGGGGGAAAUAUACUGCCUUUGAAGUAAGCCAUCUAUCAACUGUCUUGUAAUUACAUGUAGUUUCUUAAAGCUGACAAGUUCAAAACAAUUCAUUUUUAGAUUUUUAGAGUUUCCAUUUUCCAAAUGCUUUGGCGAUGCUCCCUAUGAUAACAAUAUUUUUCAGUCUUUGCAUCUAAUGAAGUGGUCAAGAUUUUAGCCCUGGUCGUGCUUGGAAAUAAGUAUAGGCAUUCCAGGGUUUAAAAGGCUUGCAUUUCAACAUCUGCUGCUGGAAGUGAAACUUACUUGAAUAUUAUGAUAACACAUACACCUGACCCUAAAACAGUACACUCACCAGAGGAUCUUGAAGAUGCAUGAAGAUGAUCAAUGAGACAUGAUCCUAACACAGCUUCAUUUGCACGUCGUAAUUCUUUUACAACGAGGUGUCAAUUUUUUUUCUUAUUAGACCUUGGGCUAAAACAGAAAAAGAAAUUACUGUCACUUGCCGAGAAUUAUAAACAAUUUUAGAAUUCAAAAUAAAAGAUAAAAACAACUACGUAUAUUAUCGUGAAUAACAUGUCCUUUAUUUUGAAAACCAGCCAUAUUCUGAUAAUUUUACUUGAUGUAUAAUGGCAGAUUAUGGUGAGGCAAUUGAUAUACUUGUGUCUGUGGAAUGAAACAUGUAUUUAACAUGUAUAUCCAUGUAAUUACAGUGAUAUAUUAAUCAAGAAUGAAAUUCUUAUGUAAGUGUAUAUAUACAACUAACUACAAAAAGAACCUAGUUCUUGUAUGCAUUAGCUGUGUGUUGAUAAGGAACGUUACAGAAAAUGUUGGGACAGAUUUACAGGGAAUAAUAUCAGUUGGAUUGGUCCCUCUCCAGGAUUUGGAGUUGAAAUUGGAAUUUUCAUUGAUGAAUAAUGAUCAUCUUUUUUCAUGAUACAAAAAUUGAUUAUUUUAAAUAAAGGUAUGAGCAAUAUUUAAAUGUGUUCGGUUGAUCAGCUGCAAUGGUUUCAGAAGAAUUUCAUCUGUAUUGUGAUUUUUUUUUUUCUAAUUGUUAGAAUUCAUUACAUCUCAAGAUUAUAUAGUAAUAAUUAGUUCAUGUAUAACAUUUAAGUGAUGUGAUAAUCCCUCUUACCAUUAAUGAUAUUCAUUAUGUGGUCAGUCUUAAAAGUUUCAUUUUUAAUGGAGCUUCUUUCUCAUUAUUAAAAAGGUUUGAAUUAUUUUCACUUCUGCCUGUUUACUGUUUGUAUAUUCUUAAGAUGUUUUAUAAUCCGUUCUUAAAAGUGAUAUACAAUUAUAGCAUCCCUGUUUGAUCAUCAUGUUGGUGGUAGAGCUAGUUUUUAAAAAUGUUGGUGCCAACAUAUAACAGAAGCUACUAUAGUGAUACUAUAUACCAAUGAAGAUGUUUGAUGGAGAAGGGAGAUAACUCAGAAUGACUGAAAAAAUAUCAGUCACAACAUCAUGUAAGUUGAAUCUUGGAUUUGUUGGUAUCUGACUGAAGGUCUUUUCUCUUUUGUACAUAUAUACAUGUACAGCAUAUAUAUAUAAAUUUUUAAAGGCAGCUUCUUGACAUAGUAAAUAAUCCUUGUAGAUUAUAUUUAUAAAUUGUAGAAAGUGUUGUAUGAUACAUAAUUCUACGCCAUAUUUAUACCUGAGAGCGGUCAGUUCAUUAAUACCUUGUGAUCAAUCAUGAUAAAUAUGGAUGUUGUGAAAGUGUUUCAAUAUUUUGAAAAUUAUUAUAUCAGUAAGUGCUUUUAAAAACAAAUUUAACCCAAUCAAUAAUUGAAAUAAAAAAAAAACAAACAAAAGUUUGUUCAAUGUAAUUGCCUUCCAUUCUAUAAAGAAUUUCUUUUUGUUCGGUGUAACUUCAUAGUGUUUUUUAACAGUAUGAUAAAUUAAGAAAAUUCAAUUUUUUUUUGUGGUAAGGUUUUGUGACAGUGAUUUCUAGCUAUAUAGGGGUAACUCAAAAAUAACUUUUUGAGGGUUGAUAAUCUUGAAGUUAAUUAUGGUGGUUUCUAAAGGCAUGUUUUCUAUUGACGAGGAAGCUAUAUUAUCAGAGUCUGUAAUGUUCAUUUUAAAUUCAUAAAAUUCCUUAUUUCUCUUAUGUUACGAAAUUUAAAAAAAAUUGAUAAUUUUUUAGCAAAAUUAUACGAGAAUAGGUAACAACAUCAUAAUUGGUAUAAUCAGGUAACAGCUAUGUAUUCUGAAAACUUUCAAAACAACUUGAAAGGUUUUGGUUGCAUAAACAGUCUGGAUCAUAUGACAUGUACUAAAUAUGUUACUCUUAAAUUGAAUUUGAGAGAUUGGUUGUGUGUUAACAGAUGAUAUCAUUAUAUAACAAAGCUUAGGGCUAUUCCAUCAAAACAUCUGUCCCUCCUCAGGACUCAAGGUUUUGUAUAGGGCUAUUCCAGUAAAACAUCUGUUGCAUCCCAAGACUUGCUUUUGUUCAGGGUUUUUCCUGUAAAAUAUCUAUCCCACACCAAGACUCCAUUUUUUUUUUGGGGGGGACUUUUCCAUUAAAACGUCUUUUGUAUCCCAGGACUCCAGGUUUGUUUAGAGGUUCUACCCAUAUAAGUUAAUUGAUGGUUUGAGAAAAGUCAGAAAAUUGGAUAAUGGAUAAUAAUGAUUUAUUUUGGGAGUCCUGGGGUCAAGUACAUGUUAGUUUGCUGGAAUGGCCCUGAAUUGUAUUAAUUUUAAGAAAACUUGAGAUGUGAGCAUUUUCUUUAAUUGUGUAGUUAUUUCACAUAGAUUACAGAGGCCUGUGUGUAUGUGUGUGUGUUUUGAUCUAUAGGGCAAAAUUCCAUUAUUUUCAUUGUCACAUUUACAUUGGUCAAGUAAACUAUUGUAUAUACAUUA